AUGGCUGUCGGAAAGAACAAGCGCCUUUCGAAGGGUAAGAAGGGUCUCAAGAAGAGAACGCAGGACCCCUUCGCCCGUAAGGACUGGUACCAGGUCAAGGCGCCGUCCUCGUUCAACGUUCGGGAUGUUGGAAAGACCCUUGUCAACAGAACCACCGGUCUCAAGAACGCAAACGACGCAUUGAAGGGCAGAAUCUUCGAGGUGUCCCUGGCCGACUUGCAGAAGGAUGAGGACCACGCUUUCCGAAAGGUUAAGCUCCGUGUCGACGAGGUCCAAGGAAAGAACUGCUUGACCAACUUCCACGGUCUCGACUUCACAUCCGACAAGCUCAGAUCCCUUGUCCGAAAGUGGCAAAGCUUGAUCGAGGCCAAUGUCACUGUCAAGACCACUGAUGACUACCUCCUCCGCCUGUUCGCCAUUGCGUUCACCAAGCGCCGACCAAACCAGAUCAAGAAGACCACAUACGCUGCCUCUUCUCAAAUUCGGGCUAUCCGAAAGAAGAUGACCGAGAUCAUCCAGCGUGAAGCUUCCAGCUGCACCCUUACACAACUCACCGCCAAGCUCAUCCCCGAGGUCAUUGGUCGCGAGAUCGAGAAGGCCACACAAGGCAUCUACCCAUUACAAAAUGUCCACAUCCGCAAGGUCAAGCUCCUCAAGGCACCCAAGUUCGACCUCGGCGCUCUGCUUACCCUCCACGGCGAGUCGAACACAGAUGAGCAGGGACAGAAGGUUGAGCGGGAGUUCAAGGAGAAGGUGUUGGAUCAAGUAUAA